UCAGGAUAUUGACUGAUGUGGCAUAUCUCAUCCUACGUGGAGACUAUGGGGCCUACAUUUUGUCCACGUCAUCUGCUUCAAUUCGUCCCAACUUCCUGGUUUCUUACUAUUACCUCAUAAUUAACUUUCCGUGGAUAUAGUAGUAAAGUGUUUCUUCGUACAACCAAAAUCUCCCUGUGAGAAAAACAGUUAGAAACCCCUUUUGGUUUUUACUCGAUAAAGCAAUUCAUUUUUAUAUCUGUUCCUUAAUUUUCUGUAAAAUUCAUUAUGAUAUAAUUAAUAAUUUUCUCUCCAAAUCAGUUUUCAUGACUCAAUUGCUCUAUUUUUUGCUGGGUUUAACGGAAUUUCGAUUGAAAAAGCAAUCCCUUUAACUGCUUUCUCGAUGACCUCAGAAGGUUUGAGAGGGUUUGUUAUGAAGAAUUUGGGUUCUUGAUGAAGAAGCAAUGCGCAGUUUGGUUUAGCUGACAAGGAUUUAUGAGAGAUUAUGCCGGUACCACAUCUUCCUUCGCAUUAGUAUUUUUGGAUCUGGUUCGCAGGGAGUGUUUCAAUGACUAUAGUUGGUGAUGAAGAAAGAGAAAUGCCAGAUGAGGACAAGGUUAUUGGAGAUGGGAUUUCGCAUGAGAGGCUAAAUGUGGUUCAGGAUAAUAAGAUUAACACUAAUACAACCAAUAGUGAUAGAAUAGAUGUGAGAGGGAACACAUUGCAAGCUCAAGGUGGUUUGAAAUUGCAACAACAGCAACAGAGUCAAGGGUCGGUAGUCUGUUGGGAACAAUUUCUUCAUGUCACCUCCAUUAAAGUGCUUCUGGUGGAGAAUGAUGAUUCUACACGACAUGUCGUCUCUGCUUUACUUCGAAAUUGCAAUUAUGAAGUUAUAGAAGCAGCCAAUGGAUUGCAAGCUUGGAAGAUACUGGAAAACCUGACCUAUCAUAUUGAUCUAGUGUUAACAGAGGUUGUAAUGCCUUGUUUGUCAGGCUUAGGCCUUCUAUGCAAAAUCAUGAGCCACUACGCACACAAGACUAUUCCUGUGAUCAUGAUGUCAUCUCACGAUUCAAUGGGUUUAGUCUUCAAGUGUUUGUCAAAAGGUGCAGUUGACUUCCUGGUAAAACCUAUACGGAAGAAUGAGCUUAAGAACCUGUGGCAGCAUGUGUGGAGAAGAUGCCACAGUUCUAGUGGAAGUGGGAGCGAAAGUGGUACUCAAACCCAAAAAUCUAUAAAAUCAAAAAGCAAGAAGUCUGAAAACAACAGUGGUAGCAAUGAUGGGGAAGAUAAUGGGAGCGAUGACCUAAAUGUUGGAAACGGCAGUGAUGAUGGAAGUGGCACACAGAGUUCCUGGACAAAGCAAGCUGUUGAAGUUGAUAGCUCUCAGGCAGUACCUCCACGGAAUCUGUUACCUGAGUGUUCAGACAGCACUUGUGCACAGGUUCUUCAUUCAAAUGCAGAAACCGCUGCUAACAGGAGUGCACACAUAACCACCAAAAGAAAAUGGCAAGUAGGAGAAGAAAAACCUGAUUACAUUGCAAAGGGAAAACCCUCCCUCAUAGGCAUACCUAGAAAUCAGAAGUCACAAUCUGAAAAUGCAAUCCAGAUUCCAUCCAAACUUGUUGGGGCGAAACAGAACAGUCUGCUGGAAAUAGAUUCCAAUUCAAGCAGUUUUAAGAUGGAUAAAUACCAGGCAAAUCUAGAUCGUAAUUGUCCAUCCACUGAAUAUCAUGAUGUGACUGCUGAGACGUCUCAUCAUCGGAGUGACAGCAGAGAGUUGAACAAAGCUGUAUUAGAAAGCAAUAAUGCAUCCAUUAAUGAAUCUAAACAGCCACUUCUUGAGCUAAGUUUGAAAAGGCUAAGAGGACCAAAAGAACCAGGGAAAACUGCUCAAGAUGAUCGUAAUGUUUUGAGAAGAUCAGAUCUUUCAGCUUUCUCAAGGUAUAAUUUGUCCUCAAACCCUAUGACGACUCCUCAUGGGAUCACCCUAAGUAGUUCUUUAAUUGAUAAUAGCCAAGAAGUUGCCAAGAAAGAGCCUGUAUGUGAUAUUCCAACUCAGACAAAUGAGAAAUUACAACAUCCAACCUCAAAUGGAACGGGCAAUAAUAUAGAUAUGGGGUCCACCACUAAUAAACUUCCUAAGGAGCUAUUACUUUCUAUAGAUAAGUCAGAAGCAACAUCGACAAUUAACGAUUUGCAACCAUCGUCAGCUUUCAAGCCUGUAAAAAUUGACUUCAGAAUCUCUCCUCAGCAAGGGCAACAAGUUAAGCCUUGUAACAUGCAAGCCACAACCAGUCUUGCUCCGCAAGGCUCUCACACUGACAUCCUAAUUCAGCAGCCUCAUCAGCACCACCGAGAUCAUCAUGUCAACGACCUGGAUCAGCGUUGCACUUCCAAUCAUGUUGAUUGCUCAUUGAAAAAACUGGCUGUGGGUGGACGAAGUUGUGCUUCGUCCAAUAUUCUAACUAGGCCUUAUGAAGGGAACCCUGAAUAUCAGAGUUUGAACAGAAGUGCUUCUGGAAGUAACCGUGGAAGCAAUGCGCAGGAUGGAAGCUACACGGCUAUAAAUGCUGGAGGCACAAAUGCAGAAAGUGAUAAUGGGUUAGCUGGCAAAAAUGGAAGUGGUGAUGCCAGUGGCAGUGGUUGUGGAAGUACGAUAGAUCCUUCUAAACUUACUAGAGCAGCAGCCUUGACCAAAUUUCAUUGGAAGAAGAAAGAAAGAUGCUUUAAAAAAAAGGGAAAUGGACUGUAAUUUUUAAAUUCAGGUAGGCAAUACUUGAACCAUCAUGUAUGAACCUCUUGAGCAAAUUGUAAGAGAAGACUGAUUUUUCUGCUUCCAAGUCAAGUGAUCCUAGCUAGUUGAAGCUGGUCUACUACCUCUCUGCAUCAUACAGUUGAUUGUGAGGAACACACAUAUUUCUAGUUUCAGUAAUCUUCCUUUUGUGUAUCGUGCAUGUGUACAUUCAGAAAGUCAUAGGAGUGCCUUAUAUGAGUAGGGAGUUGAAGUUUAGAAGGAAUGAGGUUGACCUCAAAAGAGUACAUGGGUUGUAGACCUAAAAGCUAUGUGGCAAAUUGCAUGCAACGAUCAAGGAGUUCUUCAUUUUCUGUUAUUUUGCUGAAGUCAAAUGGCUAAACCAUCCAUUUGUGUCAGGAUGGCAUAGUCGCAGUUAAACAGGAGGAUAGCAGAACAGUGGCAACUGUAUCGAGGAUAUUUUCUGCGGCAGACAGAGCAAAACAACCCAAACAAUACUGCAGAAUGAUGAUUUUGAGUCGUACUUCCUGAUCCUGCAUGCAUUAAGUUUGUUUGUUCAUAAUAGUGUCCUGUACUGUGAGGAUCUGGUCAUGUAAAACGUAUAGUCAGCUUUAACCAUUUAUUCCUGGCAGAUAUUGACAGUGCCAGUAAUUGUGACUUGUUAUAAGGGGUGUUCUGCUUUUCAGCAAGUUGCCUUCUACAAUAACAACUUGUCACUCUUCAUUUGUGUCUAAUGAACAAAAUAUAUAUGGUUUGAUCCUGUUGGUGAUAAAUCUAUGUUUCUGA